AUGGGGGACUGGAACCUUCUAGGAAAGCUCCUGGAAAAUGCCCAGGAGCACUCCACCGUGGUGGGCAAGGUGUGGCUCACGGUACUGUUCAUUUUCCGUAUCCUGAUCCUGAGCGCCGCCACAGAGAAGGUGUGGGGCGAUGAGCAGUCGGGCUUCACCUGCGACACCAAGCAGCCCGGUUGCGAGAACGUGUGCUACGACAUCACUUUCCCUAUCUCCCACGUUCGCUUCUGGGUGCUGCAGAUCAUCUUUGUGUCCACGCCUACGCUGAUCUACCUGGGCCACAUCCUGCAUCUGGUGCGCAUGGAGGAGAAGCAACAGGAGAAACAGAAGACUCAAGCGCAUCCACCACACAAGCUGACCCUCGUUGUGAAUGCCCACAAGCACAAAAAAGCCCUAAUGAGAGACGAGAAAGGACAUGUGCGCCUGCAAGGGGAACUCUUGCGCACCUAUGUCUUUAAUGUCAUUUUUAAGACCCUCUUUGAGGUGGGCUUCAUUGUGGCCCAGUACCUGUUGUACGGCUUUGAGCUGAAGCCCAUGUACACCUGCGACAGGCCGCCUUGUCCCAACGCGGUCAACUGCUACAUCUCCCGUCCCACCGAGAAAACCAUCUUCAUCAUAUUCAUGCUGGGUGUGGCCAGUGUUUCCCUCUUCCUCAACCUUAUUGAGAUCUAUCACCUGGGCUUCACCAAGUGCCGCCAGGGCAUUACCUUUAGGAGAAGGAACCAGUCACCCGAGACCGUCUCCAAGGGACACAGUGACACCGAAGUGCCGUUUGGGCCUACAUAUGAAGACUAUUUCCAAGAGCAUCGUCCUCCCAGCUACAACCUCUCACCUCUGUCUGAGGGCGCCAACUCGUCCUUUCACCCUUGUAACAGCAAGGCGGCCUACAAACAGAAUAAGGACAACUUGGCGGUGGAAAGGAGCAGCAGCAACCCAGAGGAAUGUGACCUGAAAGGGAAGAAGCGUGAGGGAUCUGCCCCGGGGUCACCCACGCAGAGCAGGCAAGGCCGCAGUGCCAAGCACAGCAACAACAAGACGAGAAUAGAUGAUCUGAAGAUAUGA